UAAGGCCAAACUCAUACCUAACUUGAUUCGUAUCAUCUUUCUCUUUUUAAAAAAGGUUCUCUCGAAAAAUAGUAUUAUCAUCAAAACCAAGAAGAACCUUGUUAGCAAAAAGGUCCACCUGAUAUACAAACUCUUAUUUUUAGUCAUCCUCCCCGUCUUUAAUUUCAGUUGCUUCUCGUAUAUUUAUUCAGAUAUUAAAGAUACAAAAAUCACAUGUCUUCUUUCUUGUUUAUCACAAAAAAAUUUUUUUGUUAAUCUUGGAUGUCUGGGCCAGCUUACGCGCAUCUCGACUAAUCCCCCGAUGCCCUAAAGUUAACGACCAUGUAAGUUUUUAAUGGACCUAAGAUUUGUGAUACUCAAACUGGUAAUCUUUAUUUGAUGCAUUUCUAUAAAAAAAAAUACUUUGAACCUCAAUUGCUAUCAUAUUUUUAAACUCUCUUCAAAAAAAAAAAAGUUGAGUCGUAGAUGAAAUUAGGCUGAAUUGAAAUAUUUAAUCAUGAUCCGAAGCUCAAAACAUCCAUAAACUGGGCCUCAAGUUGUUCAUUAGAAAUCCCUGAUCGACCGACAUGUAGUAUACAAAUAAACCCUUAAAACACAAAAGGAAGUAGGGGUGAGCAAAAAAAUCGAAAAACCGAUUAAAGUGAAAAAACCGGAAAAAAAAUAACUGAAAAAACCGAACUGAAAAAAACUGAUUAAAAUUUUGAAAAAACAUAAAACCGAACCAAAUUGAACCGGUUCAAUUUAAAAAAAAAGUACUAUAAAAGUCCUCUUUUUUUAACCCUAGCAUUCCUCAUCCAACGCGUAUAUUUAUUUAGAUAUUAAAGAUACAAAAAUCACAUGUCUUCUUUCUUGUUUAUCACAAAAAAAAUAAAUUUUGUUAAUCGUGGAUGUCCGGGCCAGCUUACGUGCAUCUCGACUAAUCCCCUGAUGCCCUAAAGUUAACGACCAUGUAAGUUUUUAGUGGCCCUGAGAUUUGUGAUACUCAAACUGGUAAUAUUUAUUUGAUGCAUUUUUAAAAAGAAAAAAUACUUUGAACCUCAAUUGCUACCAUAUUUUUAAACACUCUCUUCAAACAAAAAAAAAAGUUGAGCUGUAGAUGAAAUUAUGCCGGAUUGAAAUAUUUAAUCAUGAUUCGAAGCUCAAAACUUCCAUAAACUGGGCCUCAAGUUGUUCAUUAGAAAUCCCUUAUCGACCGACAUGUAGUAUACAAAUAAAUCUUUAAAACACAGAAGGAAGUAGGGGUGAGCAAAAAAACUGAAAAAUCGAUUAAACCAAGAAAAUCGAAAAAAAUAACCGAAAAAAAACUGAUUAAACCGUUUAAAAUUUUGAAAAAACGUAAAACCGAACCGAACUGAACCGGUUCAAUUUUAAAAAAAAUACUAUAAAAGUCCUUUUUUUUUAACCCUAGCAUUCCCCAUCCAGCGCGUAUAUUUAUUUAAAUAUAAAAGAUACAAAAAUCACAAGUCUUCUUUCUUGUUUAUCACAAAAAAAAAUUUUUGUUAAUCGUGGAUGUCCGGGCCAGCUUACGCGCAUCUCGACUAAUCCCUCGAUGCCCUAAAGUUAACGACCAUGUAAGUUUUUAGUGGCCCUAAGAUUUGUGAUACUCAAACUGGUAAUCUUUAUUUGAUGCAUUUCUAACAAAAAAAAUACUUUGAACCUCAAUUGUUACCAUAUUUUUAAACACUCUCUUCAAAAAAAAAAAAGUUGAGCCGUAGAUGAAAUUAGGCCGGAUUGAAAUAUUUAAUCAUGAUCCGAAGCUCAAAACUUCCAUAAACUGGGCCUCAAGUUGUUCAUUAGAAAUCUCUGAUCGACCGACAUGUAGUAUACAAAUAAACCCUUAAAACAAAGAAGGAAGUAGGGGUGAGCAAAAAAAUUGAAAAACCGAUUAAACCGAGAAAACCAGAAAAAAAAUAACCGAAAAAAUCGAACAGAAAAAAAACCGAUUAAACCGAUUAAAAUUUUGAAAAAACAUAAAACUAAACCGAACUGAACCGGUUCAAUUUAAAAAAAAAUACUGUAAAAGUCCUCUUUUUUUAACCCUAGCAUUCCCCAUCCUUCUGCAUCCAGCGCGUAUAUUUAUUUAGAUAUUAAAGAUACAAAAAUCACAUGUCUUCUUUCUUGUAUCAUCUUUUGCGAAUGGAAGAUUUGCUUGACUUCUUUGUCAUCGAGAAGCUCAACCCUGAUGGCAAGAAAUAUGACAAAGUUUCUCGUGUUUUAUCUCGCAGUGAGAAGGGGGAUUUGUACAUGGUGCUUGAUGUACACACGGAGAUUUAUCCUAUUGAAGAAAAAUCAAGGUAUUUAGUCCUAUUAACUGAAACAUUGAACACUGAUGGCACUCCGGUUGACCCUCGUAAUGCGCAGGGUAAGCAACCAUCCAAAGAAGACAAGUUUGAGUAUGUGACACACGGGAAACUUUACAAAAUUGACAAGGAAGGUUCAGGAGCUGAUUUCAAGUUGGAGAUCUACAUUUCAUUUGGUGGACUUCAACUGUUGCUGAGGGGGAGUCCUAGCUCGCUUGCCAGGUUUCAGCUUGAUAAAAACUAUUUUAUGUUGAUGAGGAAGAUGUAGAAGCAUGAAGAGUUCUGUAUAAUUUUCUACUUGGUUGCAUGCCUACUAAUUCAGCUAUGAUGAAGUUUUAGUUACAUAUAAUCCAAGAACUAAAUGAUCGGAAGAAAGUGAGGUUUGCGGAAUCUUUUUGUGGCUCGCUUACGAGUUGUUCAAUGAGGUCUCUCUGCUCUUUUUUUUUUAAAA